GUCGAGACGAAGAACCAUCCUACCAAGCCCCCGCACCCUCAUACCAUCGUCGUAGGAGGGAUGCCGAUGAGGAGAAGGUGGCGGAGAUGUUCGCUAUGGUCGCCAAGAUGGACACUCACGGCUGCGGGAUGAGGCUCGUGUGCCAGCUCUAUCAGAAGUCCCCCCAGAGCCUCACUCUCAGGGAGAAGGCCAUCAGACUGCUCAUUGGCGAGAAGCCUGAGCGUGCCCCCAAGGAGUCGAAGGAGCCGCGCGCCCUCUACCAGUCCGCAGCCGUCUUCGGAGUUAGAAAUGAGAACUGCCUCGAGAUCUAUCACAUGUGUCCCCUCACCAACGAAGAAGUUAUGCAGUACCUCAACACUCUCGACCUUGAGCUCAAGUGAAUGAUGUUUGUCUAACAUUUUCUGUUAUAUCCUUUUUCGUUUCUAAAUUAAUUUCAUUAUCACCAUCGUUAUUACUACUCUAACUUAUGCAAGAUUUUUUACACCCGCUUUGGCACAAUUUCGCCUUACUGGGUUUUCAUAGAAA